AUGGAGAUAUGCGUGCACCAUGUGCUCAUUCUGGUGCUGUCUCUCUGCAGUUCCUUAGACUGUGUGAAUGCUCAGUGGAAUCCAUUAAGCCCUGCCACCUACGAGGAGAUGAACCGUAGUGACAACUUGAAGGCCUCACUCAGUCUCUCCUUCUCCUGUGUCUCCAUUGGCUUCUUCUUGUUCCUUUUCUUCAAAAUCCGCUCGCGUUUUUUCCCCCGCCCUCCUUACAUCAAGCCCCUCCCGAAAACAACCGCCGAAGCCAUCCAAAGAUGUCCCACCUUCGAUUUCUCCCAGAUGAAGGACCUCAGCCUGGGGAAUGGGGCAGAGGAGUGCGCGGUGUGUUUGGUGGAGUUCGAAGACUCCGAUACCGUGAAGAUGCUGCCGCUCUGCCAACAUGUUUUCCACCAGAAUUGCAUCGAUCAAUGGCUACCCUCUCGCCUCACGUGCCCCAUUUGUCGCCAGAAGCUUAUAUCUGACGACACUGAAGCAAGCAUCACCGAUGUCCCAUCGGAACAAGAAGAAGAAGAAGAAAAUGGUGACACUGCAGAGUUUACUGAGGUGGCCAUAACUGCAGCAAUGGAACAACAUGAACAUGAAACUGAAGCUGAUAACGCUGUGGGAUAG